UCUGCACGGAGCUUGUGCCCGGAGGAGGCACCGGCACCAGCCUCAGCCUGCUGGGGGACGACGACCCAGGUCCGCCGGUCUUCCAGCAGCAAACGCUGCGGGGAGAUUUUUUUGGGGGGGAAACUUGUUUUCGUAUUCCAGGUCAGAUUAGCCAAAUCGGUUCUGAAUCCUCUGGACCGAGCAGCACUCACUCCUUCAGUCACCGGACGUGGGGCUACACCUGGGAAGUCUCCUCCCCAGACACUGGAUAAAACACUCCUGAAGGAGGAGGAACCGGCUGCAGCCUUUUCAUGACAUUCAGGAGAAGGUCAUGUUCCGUGUAAGCCUUCAGCUGAGGAGUGACUCACUCUUUCCUGGUUUAAAAAGUCUGUGGACCUUCUGUUCUUCAUUGUAGCCUUUUCAGAGGUCCCAGAGAGAAGUGCAUUUCACACAGUGCCCUUUGCUUCUCUCGCGCUGUUUGUGAUCAAGAGCGAAGGGAAGGUCAAGAAUCAUGUCGGAGUUCUGGCUAAUUUCUGCACCAGGAGAUAAAGCCAAUUUGCAGGCGUGGGAGCGGAUAACCACAGUGACAUCUAAGGCCAACCUAUCCAGCAACAGCAAAUUCGUUAUCCCAGACCUAAAGGUGGGGACAUUGGAUGCUCUUGUUGGUCUCUCUGAUGAGUUGGGAAAACUUGAUAGCUUUGCUGAAAGCAUAAUAAAGAAAAUUGCACAGUAUAUAGGAGAUGUUAUGGAGGACUCCAAAGAUAAAGUCCAGGAAAAUCUUCUGGCCAGUGGAGUUGACCUAAUUAGUUAUCUGACGCGGUUUGAAUGGGACAUGGCCAAAUAUCCCAUUAAGCAGCCAUUGAAGAAUAUUGCCGAAGCAUUAACAAAGCAAAUCACACAGAUAGAGACAGACCUGAAGUCCCGAGCAGAAGUCUACAACAACAUUAAAGGGAACUUGCAAAACCUGGAGAAAAGGACUGUGGGAAAUCUGUUGACGCGUACAUUAGCUGAUAUUGUGCAUAAAGAUGACUUUGUGCUGAAUUCUGAAUACCUCAUCACCCUUGUCGUCGUAGUUCCAAAGUCAAACUACGCACAGUGGCAGAAAACGUAUGAAUCCCUGUCUGAUAUGGUGGUGCCUCGAUCCACAAAAUUGAUCGCUGAGGAUGCAGAAGGAGGACUCUUCACUGUGACCUUGUUUAGAAAAGUGAUGGAUGAUUUCAAAGCCAACGCUAGAGAAAACAGGUUCAUAGUUCGAGAAUUUUAUUUUGAUGAGAGAGAACUGAAAUGUGAAAAGGAAGAAGUGAUGAAAUUAGCUUCUGACAAGAAACAACAAUAUGGUCCACUAUUGCGCUGGCUGAAAGUGAACUUCAGUGAAGCAUUUGUGGCUUGGAUUCACAUAAAAGCCUUAAGAGUUUUUGUUGAAUCUGUUCUGAGGUAUGGCCUACCAGUGAAUUUCCAGGCAAUGCUGCUGCAACCCAACAAGAAGUCUUCAAAACGUCUGAGAGAUGUUCUAAAUGCGGUCUUCAAACACCUGGAUGAAGUAGCAGCAGCAAGUAUCAUGGAUCCUGGCAUGGAUAUUCCUGGCUUACAGCUGAGCAAUCAAGAAUAUUAUCCCUAUGUUUAUUUCAAGAUUGACCUCGGUCUUCUAGAGUACAGUUAAAUCAAUCAAACCAAGCUUGAUUUACUCAUUAGCCAGUCCCCAUUGUUUCAGUAAAGUGACUAUAUUUAAGUGACUGAGUCAAAAAACAAGUGACUGAGUCAAAAAACAAUGCAGACACUUCAUUUACUGGAUAAUUUUGUAAGAAAUUCUUAAUAUGUAGCAUAGUACUUUAAAAUUGUCCAGCCAUUCAGUUUUAGAAUGUGUUCAUUACUUAAGAUGUUUCUUAUGCUUGGGGUUAGAAAACAUACUUCACAAGGAGGAAGUGUCAUGGUUGUAUUUAUUUUUGUUAGUUACAAAGGAGGAAACAUCAUCUUUAUGGAAAUUUAAAAUAAAGUUAAAGAGUUAAAAAUA